AUGGAGUUAGCCUGGUACCUGAGAUUGCCCCUCGGUGAUUCUACUCUCUCUUCAGCUUCCCUUUUUUUCUCUCGGCAACAUUGCAACGCAACGUCACACGGGAAGUUCGGCAAACAGAUCCAGCGCAGGCAGCUUGAUCUCCCCGAAUAUGCCGCCAGCUUCGUUAACUAUAAAGCGCUGAAGAAGCUCAUCAAGCAACUCAGUGCAACCCCCAAUAUCCCCGCACAGAGAACCGCCGAGGAAAUCGCAAGAGAUAAUGCGGAUCCUCAGGCGGCUUUGCGCGCCAACAAGGAGGUGUUCUUCUUCAGAUUGGAACGAGAGAUUGAGAAAGUCAAUGCAUUCUAUCUUCAGAAAGAACAAGAGUUCACUCUGCGUCUGAAGACGCUCGUCGACAAGAAGCGAGUGAUCCAGUCCCGAACCAGCUCCAAUUCCAAAGCCCCAGCAACUUUCGUGGCUCUUUUCGAAGGUUUCCAGCAAUUUGAUGGCGAUUUGAACAAACUGCAACAAUUCGUCGAAAUCAACGAGACCGCGGUCUCGAAGAUCCUCAAGAAAUGGGAUAAAACCUCCAAAUCUCGUAUGAAGGAGUUAUACCUCCACCGAGCCGUGGAAGUCCAACCCUGUUUCAACAGAGAGGUUCUUCGCGACCUCGCAGAUAGAGCGACCACCGCUAGGUUGGAGUUGGAAGCCUGGGCAGAGGGAGAGAACAUACAAUACGAUGCAUCUCGCCCGGCGGACCGUAACACCUUCGCCGGCAAUGAGGAAGAUGAAUUGGACAUCCAGAUGCUACAGUCUGCUUCGACUGGCAAUCUGCAGACACUACGAGAAUGGCUGGCGAGGUUACAGGUAUUACCGGAUGCCCGUGAGCGCGCAACACGCACGUUCUUAACCGCCAUCAACGGAUUCUCGGACGACGUGCUCGCGCUUCUGUUGGAGAGUCAGUUGGUUGACAUCCAUGCCGAGGACGAUAUCAACGAGCGGAAUUGUCUUCACGAAGCUGCCAUCUCUGGCCGAGACUUUGUCUUCCAGGCUGGUCUCAAGGCUUCUGUGGAUAUCUCUCGCUCAGAUGUAUAUGGUCGUAUUCCUCUGCAUUAUGCUUGCAGAAACGGCCGUGCUGACAUGGUGCGGGACUUGCUCAAGGCAGGCCCUGAGACCAUCGACUUCCUUGACCAUGACAACUUCACUCCUUUGAUUCACAGCAUUGUCAAGAGCCAACUGGCAUGCGCUGAACAUGUCCUCCGGAGCAAUGCCCGGGUUGACCCCGUGUCAAUGCAGGAACCGGAUCAUAUCCCCCUCAAUUUGGCUUGUCAGCAUGGUUCUCUUCCCAUUGUGAAGUUGCUCCUUGAGCGAAACGCCAAGCUGCUGCCUGAUGCCGAAGGUCUCUACCCGCAACAUAUGGUUGCUCGCGCCUCACAGUCACCCGAUCUGCUUUUACUGCUGAAGCACCACGGUGCUGACCUUGACCAGAAGGAUAAGCUGUAUCAGUGGACUCCACUCUUCCACGCUGCCAGUGAAGGUUGCGUUCCAUGCCUACGCACACUUCUGGAGUGCGGCGUGGACUCACAAGUUGCAGAUGAGAAGGGUCUCUCGGCGAUGUACUAUGCUGCCUGGGAAGGACAUCUGGAAUGCAUGCUCCUUCUCUGGGCCCAACCGGCUCGGGGUAAACCCGCAUUGGGACCACUUGACAUCUUGAAUGGUGUUCGGAUGCAAGAACCUAGACCAAUGGGUGAACCAAUGUCUAUGGACCCCAGUGCCUCUGAAAUGGAGAUGGCCGACGGUAUCCCAGACCUCGAAUUGCCUCCCCCCAUCAUUCCGCUUCGUCGCUAUGGCCACAACUUCCUUGAUAAGAAGGUGUUCAUUCAACUUCUGUUCGAUCAAGGGAACGUUGGAUCUAUUGCCUUUGACCAGGCCGGUCGUCAUCCGGCAGCUCGUAUGACGAUAUCCUCCAAGGUCUCCGAUCUUAUUCCUCGAACUAUCAUGCUCCCCAUGCAGGACGACUCCCGGUCGAUAUCUUUCCACGUGGAUCAGCUGGACACCUUCUCCGUUGACUUUGAGAUCUUCCCUACAUUUGGCUCGAAGGUGAUCGCCAAGAGUGUUGCCCUUCCAGAUAUCUUCCGCGCUGAAACCUCCAGCACUGGUUCUGUCUGUCUUCCUCUUUUCGAUCCCCGACUCCGUGGGAUCGGCCAGCUGCGCUUCAACUUCCAGGUCAUCAAGCCAUACCACGGCGAUCCCCUGGAGAUCACACAAUUUGCCACAUAUUGGAAGGCAACCAGUGCCCAAGACUCAGAACACAAUGGCUUUGUCACUGGAUCCAGUCUGUCGGGCGACUACAUUCAGCUGUUUGUGCAGUUGACUCGUGAUCGCGUUGCAGUUCUGUAUCCGCAGUUCAUGAUCAAUUACCACGGAAUUGAUAUCCCAGUGUGCCAUUUAACCUUCGCCCAAUUCCAGGCCAUUGGCACGGAACGCGGCGUGAACCAGCCCCAGAUCCUGGAAUUCUUGGCCACAGAGGCGGCUAAUGAUAUGCCCAAGACCCAUCGCCUGAUCGCAGCCUCAUUCCUGUCCUUGCGCGAUGUUCUUCGCCAGCUACCUAUUGACUUGAACGUCAACAUCUCUCUUCUUUACCCAUCCCCCCAGGAGGAGAAACGACUAGCUAUGAAUUCGUUGGCAGAUGUGAAUAGCUUUGCCGAUGCUAUUCUGACUGAUGUCUUUGACCAUGCUCGUGUGGCCAGGGACAACAACCCCGACUUCAUGCGCUCUGUCGUAUUCACUUCUUAUAACCCCAAUAUCUGCAGUGCACUCAACUGGAAGCAACCCAACUAUCCCGUUCUUCUCUGCAAUGAUCUUGGUCAAAUCCGUGACCUCGCGGGCCAGAUUGACUCAUUGUCCCAUGUCGACAGUAGUGGCCGGGCCUCAAUGUCUAUCAAGGAGUCUGCACGUAUCGCCCAAAGUAACAACUUCAUGGGAUUGAUCUGCAGAUCUAGUCUAUUGAACGUCGUCCCAGCCCUUGUGGAAACCAUCAAAGAGCUUGGUCUCGUCCUUGUGGCAGACACAUCCGAUGAAACCGGCCAGUCCAGUCAGGUCGAAGAACUUCCCACCGACCCGAUGGGCGUUGCAGAAUGGGCGUAUCGCAUGCCGGACGGUGUCAACGGCGUCAUGCGAGCCAACGGCAUCCUUCGAUUCAAUGAUAUGAUCGAUAUGUAA